GCUUUGCGGCAACUUCACACAAUUACGGAUACAAAUUUUGAAACAUGGCUUCCUCGGUAAAGUUUGCUGUUGUUGAUGUAAACGAUUUUCUAUCUAAGAAACAGACAUCGGAACCAGAAUUAUCUGAAGAUUGGGCUAAAUUAGAGGAACUUUACAACAAAAAGCUAUGGCACCAACUCACUCUGAAGUUACAAGAACUCGUGAAGCACCCAUCAUUACAGACCGGCGACAAUCUGAUACAGCUAUACAGUAACUUCCUUACCACCUUCGAGAACAAGAUCAACCCGCUGUCCCUGGUGGAGAUCAUAGCCGUGGUGGUGGCGCAGUACUCCGACAAGAGAGAAGCCAUUGCUUUCCUGGAGAAGGUGGAAGCCAAGGUGAAGAUGAACGACGAGGCCCUCGCCCUGUGCAAGGUCCUGCAAGGUCAGAUUUACCUGGAGCACCUGAACGACUUGGAUGCCACGGAGAAGAUCAUCGAGCAACUUGAAAAUACCUUAGAAGAUGCGGACGGUGUGACGCCGGUGCACGGCCGGUUCUACAAACUUGCUUCUGAAUAUUACAGGGUGCGCGGCCCCAUGGCGCGCUACUACCGCGCGGCGCUGCGCUACGUGGGCUGCCUGGGCGGCGGCGCGGGCCUGGCGCCCGACGAGCGCCGCGAGUGCGCGCUGCGCCUGGCGCUCGCCGCCGUGCUGGCGCCCACCGUGUACGACCUGGGCGAGCUGCUGGCGCACCCCAUCCUGGAGUCGCUGCAGGGCUCGCCGGACGCGUGGGCGUGCGAGCUGCUGCGCGCCGUGGCCGCGGGCGACGUGCUGGCCUUCGAGCGUAUCCGCGCGCAGUCGCCGCACCAGGAGCUGCACCGCGCCGACCGCCCGCUGCGGCAGAAGAUCGCCAUCCUGUGCCUCAUGGAGAUGGCGUUCAACCGCUCGUCGGCGCAGCGCCGGCUGACGUUCGGCGAGAUCGCGCGCGAGGCGCGGGUGCCGCCCGCCGACGUGGAGCUGCUGGUCAUGAAGGCGCUCGCCGACAAGCUCAUCCGCGGGCACAUCGACCAGGUGAGCGAGACAGUGACGGUGACGUGGGUGCGCGCGCGCGCGCUGGGGCGGGCGGGCGCGGGGCAGCUGGCGCGCCGGCUGGACGCCUGGUGCGCCGCCGCCGACGGCGCCGCCUCGCUGCUGCGCGACGCGGCGCCCGACCUGCUCACGCUCUAGCCGUAGCCUGUGGCCGAAUGACGCUGUGCCGUGUGCACGCGCGACUGCGUCAAGUGCGCGGUGCGGCGCAGGCGCGGUGCGGCGCAGGCGCGGUGUCGAUGUGAUAGUUAUAAUUCAUAAUAAUGUGUCUGAGUAAUUAAAUAUAUAUGUAAUUGUAUGGU